CUGGCACAGCAAUCUAAUGCGCAUGCGUGGAACAUUCGAUCACUGGAGUAGCUAACAGCUAAGGCUACGAAUCCAGCCAACAUGGAGAGGAAAGUUCUGGCACUCCAGGCCAGGAAGAAGAGGGCGAAGGCAAAAAAGACCAACAAAAACAGACAACCAGCCAAUGUUCGCUCUCGACCACAGCCUCAACAAGAAACCUCACCUCAGGAACCCGAGGAACCUGAGGAGAUUCUCGGCUCUGAUGAUGAGGAGCAGGAGGACCCCAAUGACUACUGCAAAGGUGGCUACCACCAUGUAAAAGUAGGAGACCUUUACAACGGGAAAUACCAUGUAAUUCGUAAACUGGGCUGGGGUCACUUCUCAACUGUGUGGCUGGCCUGGGACAUCCAAGUUAAGAGGUUUGUUGCAAUGAAAGUGGUGAAGAGUGCAGAACACUACACAGAGACAGCAGUGGAUGAGAUAAAACUGCUGAAAUCUGUAAGAAACUCAGACACAAAUGACCCCAACCGUGAGAUGGUGGUUCAGCUGCUAGACGACUUCAAGAUCUCCGGUGUCAAUGGAACUCAUGUCUGCAUGGUGUUUGAGGUGUUGGGGCAUCACUUACUAAAAUGGAUAAUAAAGUCCAAUUACCAAGGGCUGCCACUGCCCUGUGUGAAGAGCAUCAUUAGACAGGUUCUCCAAGGCCUGGACUACCUGCACACCAAGUGUGAGAUCAUCCACACAGAUAUUAAACCAGAAAAUAUCCUGAUGAGCGUUGAUGAGCCUUAUGUUCGAAAACUAGCAGCUGAAGCCACUGAGUGGCAGCGGGCUGGGGCUCCGCCACCUUCUGGUUCAGCAAUAAGCACAGCACCAGCUCCAAAACAGAAUGUGAAAAUGUCUAAAAACAAGAAGAAGAAGUUAAAAAAGAAACAGAAGCGUCAGGCAGAGCUGCUAGAAAAGUGCAUUAUGGACCUGGAAGAGAUGGAGAAGACCACAGACACUCGCGAGGACGAUGAGGAAGAAAAGGACCCGCAGUCCCCAAAGGGACGAGCUUGUGCUCCUCUCAGACAGGUGUCUCUGCUGGAACUAGAAAACAAGGAAACAGAGUGCUGUGUAAAUGCAGACAACAUGAGAGUGGGACCAGACGAGCUGUCUGAGGCCAACUGUAACGGCCACGUAGAGGUGGAACCGAGGCAGCCCAGGUUUAGGACUGAAGACCAACACAACGGCAACGCAGAGUCUYCAGAGCAGCAACAUAAAGAGUCCCUCAUCUACCCUCUGUGCAACGGUGUGGAUUCCACAGAUUUCAAUGGGCCGGACCCUGAGUGCGACGGCAGGGGGGCUCACAGCAGUGAAGUUACUGAAAGAUAUCUUCCCGAUGAGCUGGAGGAUGGAGAGCUGGAACGAAGGAUUUUGCAGGAGGAGGAGGAAGAUGAGACUGAUUGUCAUUAUGGAAUUCAGGAGGGCCUGAGAAAUGAUAAGUUAACAGCAGGAUCUCUGCUGGUUAACCCUCUUGACCCAAUAAAUUCAGACAAGAUCAAGGUCAAGAUAGCAGAUUUGGGAAAUGCAUGCUGGGUGCACAAGCACUUUACAGAAGACAUCCAGACGCGACAGUACCGGUCUUUAGAGGUUCUCAUAGGUUCUGGAUACAGCACACCGGCCGACAUAUGGAGCACAGCCUGCAUGGCCUUUGAGCUCGCCACUGGUGACUACUUGUUUGAGCCACAUUCUGGGGAAGAUUAUUCCAGAGAUGAAGACCAUAUAGCGCUGAUCAUUGAGCUGCUGGGGAGUGUCCCACGCAAACUCAUAAUGAUGGGCAAAUAUUCCAAGGAUUUUUUCACCAAGAAAGGUGAUUUGAAACACAUCACGAAGCUGAAGCCAUGGGGUCUGCUGGAGGUGCUUGUGGAGAAGUACGAGUGGUCCCGCGAAGAGGCCGAGUGCUUCACCGAUUUCCUCCUUCCCAUGCUGGAGCUGGUCCCUGAGAAACGAGCCACAGCUGCAGACUGCUUACGCCACCCCUGGCUCGCCCUCUAGUGGACACUCUCAGCCGUUGCACUUCCCCUUUCCUCUCAUUUUCCUCAAGACUGCAACAGAUCACUUUUUCCACUUUGGGCAUAUCUGAUUAAUAUUUAUUUCUUUUUGUUUUGUUGUUUUAUGUUACUGUUGUUGUUGAGCUUUUGCUUCAGUGUACGUUUUGCUUUUCUGUUUAUUUGUUCUUCCCUUGUUGCGUUGACGUCAGGAAUCCAGUGGAUUUUUAUGAUGUGUGGUCAUGUUUGGCUCCAGCUGCUGUUCUCUCGUCACCCCAAAAGGAAACCUGUCACUGAGCUGCUGGAGACUCAUCCUUGUUUUGUUACACUCCUGCACUAAAACUCCAACAAAUCAAGGAUAUAUGUAGCCUUUAUUUUUUGUCCUCUUAAAAACAAAUGACACUUUCCCCCCCCCACAAACCUUUUCAUUAGUAUUUUUUUCUUUUAUAUGUAUAAUUUUAUUUCACAUCACACAUGUAAGGUGUACAUUUAGUACUUGUAUAGUAGGCUUAGGAAGUUGCACACUGGGCUGACAUUUACACUGACUGUGGUAACUCAUAGCAUUUCUCUUAGAUGGGCUCUCUAGAGUCGUAUUGACACUGUCACGAAGUAGGUCAUAUUUAGCCUAACCAACUUGUCACCUGGUUUUUAGUGGGUAGUUAAUGAUAAACUAGAUCUUUCAUGGGAGGCUGGCUUUCUCAUACACCUAUUACAAUUCAGGUAUAUUGUGGUAAAAGGUUUCAACGAGACAAAAUGUUAAGAAGCCCAACGGAAAGGAGGAACAAAAGAAAAUAAACUGUAUAUAUCUGUACCAAAGAGUUUGCCUUUAUGUAUAUUACAGUUAUGUACAGUUUUUAACAAAUCUUAUAUCUUAGCUAAAAAAAAAAAAAGAAUUUAGCUGGGUUAGCUGUGUUUUAAUAAAGUGUAUGAAAGAUGUGUUUGAGCUCAGUUGUGUGUGUGUGUGUGUGUGUAUGUGGCCAACUGUUGGAUACUAAUGUCACUGGUUUUAACCAUAGACUUGGUGAGAUCUGAUGUUAUGGUGUAUCAAACUGAUCAUAUCAAAGUAAACUAUGUUGUUCAGACAUAACGGUAAAAAAAAAAUUACAUUAGUGUCACACUGAAGAAAAAAAAUCAUAGACUUUGUGAGGUAAUAAUUACAGAAGUGUACAACRCCAUUCAAUAAAACAGAUCUUCGUUCA